AUGGCCGUGAGCAAGAGCAAUCUGCGUUUGAUCCUGCUGUCCGCCUUCUACUUGCUUUUUCUGGUAAUCGGGGCCUCUAUCUUCUCAGCCAUCGAAGCUCCUCUAGAAAUUAGCAUCAUCCGUGACCUUCGCAGCACGAGGGCAGCUUUCCUCAAAGACCACGCCUGUCUUACAGAUGAGGAACUCGAAAAUUUUAUAGUGAAAAUUAUCAAUGCCAACAACAGAGGAGUAUCAGCGACAGGCAAUGUUAGCAACGAGUUAAACUGGAGCUUCGGCCAGUCCAUAUUUUUCUCUAGUACAGUUAUAACCACUAUAGGUUAUGGACAUGUGGCUCCUUUGUCUGAAGGAGGUAAGAUUUUCUGCAUUGUGUACGCUUUGAUCGGCAUCCCUCUGACACUAAUUCUUCUGACUGCAUAUGUCGAGCGACUGCUCAUUCCUAGCACUCUUUUCUUGCAAUUUAUGAACUCCAGACUUGGACAUCUCUACCAGCCUUUCCACAUUCGGAUUGCUCAUCUCACCUUCGUCGGGCUCAUCGUUUUCAUUUUCUUCUUCCUCAUUCCGGCCGGAAUCUUUACUGAUUUAGAACCUGACUGGAACUAUUUGGACGCUAUUUAUUACUGCUUUAUUUCUUUGACAACGACUGGUCUUGGAGAUUUGAUUCCUGGAGAUAGUCCCAAUCAACCAUACAGGCCACUUUAUAAAGUGUGCACAACAGGUUAUUUAUUGAUCGGCUUGACCUUCAUGAUGCUCUUCUUGGCUGUGCUGUAUGACAUUCCUCAGCUGAAUUUUGGUAUGUUCUUUCUCUUGAAAAGCGAUGGUACCUCAGAUCCCGAGAAAAUGCGUUUGCACCCUUCAACAGGAUUAUACGGGCCCAAGUACUCACAACAUAUCGAUGAACCAACGAUUCGACACGUCAAAGCAGUACCACAUCCUCAAUCUUCUUCCCCAGAAGACAACCCUUAGACGAAAUUUUGGUGUGAUGGGAAACAUAUCGUUUAAUACGGUAGGAAUCGACUCAAAAUUGAUGGCUUUUGGAAGAAAAUUUUAGUUGACCUCACCUAAAUCAUUGUUCCCUUGAGGAAUCCAGUAUCUUACGACCAAAUUUAUCCAGACACGCUGGAUUGACUACUUAUUUUGGAUGAACCAACUCAAUGAGUGCCCACUUGUGUUCAUUUAGGACCUAGUUUUAGGUCAUAACAUGUGCAUUGCGUAUGUAACUGUUCUUCCACUCCAAGUGCAACUUCUACAAGAGAAACGAAAAUUCCCCUAAAAGCCCAAAAGUUGAUUCUUUUUCACCAUCAUGGGCAACGAAAAAUUAAAGACGAAUUGAAAACACCGUUAUCGAUUUACUGGAAUAAUCAAAAAAUGAUCUCAUCAAUCAAUUUCGGUAUUACCUCCUAAUCAAAUAUUUAUUGGGGAAUAUGUAUUCAGGGUCUUGGGGAUGUCUGGAUAUCGCUACUCUACUUACUUAUGGUACUUAACGUAAAUGAAACGCUUCUUUUUCAACAAUGAAAAGCGGAAAAUGAGGUUAUAAAAUUUUAGUUUAAAUAAAUCUUAAUAAAUAAUAAAAUUAUAGAUUUUAAAUAUAGAAAUUAUGUUUAAAAACAAAUUGCAAUUUUCUAUAUUAUAUUUUAAACAAUUGUGCUGCAACGAUGGAAAUUUAGAAAUAAGUUUAAAAUUCAAAUGGAUAUAAUUAAAUAUAUAAAUUUCAUCCGAAAUGAAUCAUAUAAUAAAUCGAAUCGUGUAAAGUGGAAAAGUACAAGACAUUUAAUUAAAAUUCUCAUUAAUUAUUAAAUUAAUAAUUUAAUUAAGACUCGCAGAUUUUCUAAAAAAUAUUCAUCCCUCAUCGUGAGCAUUAUAGUUUUCAUAAUAAUAUUCUUCUAGAACCAUAUUCUUCUUUUUACAGAAACUGGAAAGUUGCUGCCAUCAGGUCACAUAUUAUCUCAUCUUGCAGCACGUGCUCAGUAAUUUACAACACUUUCUAUGAACGUAGCACUUUAAUAAUAACCUGAUGAAUAACAACUAUUCUUUAUUGUUAGGCACUUUUAAGGAAUAUAUUUAAAUGAAAGCAUUAAUUCGCGCUAAUACGAGUAAGAUAAUUAGAAAGGAUUCUGAUGAAUGACAUCUGGCAAUCACCGAAACUUCUAGGCUAUGUCGUGCUCAUAAAUGGUGAGAAUAGAAAUAUCAAAAACUUGUUAGAAGUUUGACAAGGUUGUAUAGUAAUGAUUGCAAAACUUUUUAAUCAGGAUAUCUUGCAAGUUUAUAUAUAGGUGUCAACUUGGUCAUGUUAAUGAUUUAUGGGCGGCUGAUAUCCAAUUAAAAAUUAAUCCUACUUCAUUGAUGCCAUCAGCAUUUUCUUUCAGCUCUCAAAGACCCCGGAUGAAGUCACUGCUUGAUACCAUUCUCCUGUUAUCAAACACUUUUCAGGAAGAAGAUUUAUCGAAGUAGGCAUAUUAAAAAUGGAUUUUAAUUGCUGAAACUGCAAACAAGGUCGGAUAUGUUGGUCCGUUCUGUUUCGAGCUUUAGCCAGAGUGAAUGCUAAUUGAAGAUAUUUGAAAAUUAUGUGAAGACUAAUUUUGUGGUAAUCCUUUUGAAUCUCCUAGUUCAACUGUCAGCAGAAUGCUAUAAAUGAAUUAGAUGAUGUGUAUGUUGUUUGAUGUCCUUCUUGUACCUUCUUCUUAACCCCAAAAACCUAUUGCAUAUCGUCCUUUUUCCUAGAAUUUCAAUGUCAACCUUAUACCAACAUCCUUAAAAUACUAAGGAAAUUUAAUGAAUUGAACUGUUGUCGUUUCAAUUCAGAUUCUCUAUAAUAGUUGAUGUUAUUUGGACAUGUGAAAGUUUAUGGUCGUUUGAAUGGAAUAGGAUUUUAUGAUCUAGUUAUUAUUUAUCAUAAUUUGCUGUGCAAAACAUCAUUGAGUGUAUUUAUAUAUGCAAAAUAUUAUAUCCUACUUCAUAAUGUAAGACACUUUACAAAUAAUAAAUGUGCAAUAAAUAAUUAGCACAUCGAAGGUAGAUAAAUCUACAUUUUAAAUAGUUAGAGUUAAAAUAUAUAUUUUUUUCUCAUCAGAUUAACUGUCUUGAAGAAUUUAUAGUCUGUUUUUUUCUAUAACAGUAAAAGCGUCUAUAAAAAGAACGCUAUGAUCUCAAAAUAAGUAAAAUAAGUAUUUCAUGAAAUUGGUUUUUCUAUCGCGUGAAAAAAGCAUAUUUUUCAUUUAUGCAAAGUCUUCUGAAUAUACAAUAAACAAGUAUUAAUAUUGCUGCAUACUCUAUUAAAUUUUGUUAUAGCUUAAGGAAAUGAAUAAUUAUAUCGAGAUAUAAAUUUAAACCCAUGCAGCUUAGUUUAUUUUAUAGAAAAAUAAAAUUACUUUCGAAUGAAAGUAAAUUAUGCUGAAAAUGUUCCUGCUUUCAGACAUCAUCGAAUUUUAAAAUUUGCUUAUCUUGUUGCAAGUUGAUUUUAGUAAAUUUUAUAAGAUCUUCAAGAUCAUUGUUAUAAUAUUUUGUAUGCUUUGUAAAUUAUUCUUCUGAAUAAUUAUACAUUUUGGAUCUUUUCUUUAAUUUUCAGACUAUAUCAGUUUUUCAGGCACUAAACAAUAAUCUGAGAAAUAUUGAUAUAUUUUAUGGCAUACACAGCUAUUUAUAGAGGUAAAAAUAAACUAAUGAUAAACUUUAUGUAAAUGUUUUCAAAUUAUAAAAAAUAUUUUUAUGCUGCCGAAAUGAGUAAGCUUGGGUAAAAUAAAAACUCAAAAUGCAAAGUGAUAGUGCUGCAAUUUUAAAAACAUAUGUAUUUUGCAAUGGCGUGGCGAGGAUGAAUGACUUUCAGACGCAAUACUUAUCUUUCCCAAACGUCAAAUUUGUGGUCUCCUAGCUUUAAACACGAAAUCAGUGGCAACUCGCCAAAUAAAAAAGUUAGCAAUGAUGCAAAAAAUAUCUAUUAAGCAAUGGCAAUUAAAAAAAACUGCUUUACCCAUUAAUAGCCUAAUACUUUUAAUUUCAAAGCCAGAUAUGACGUUUGUUACAUUCCAAAAAUAUUAAAUAGCCAGUAUAUGAUAUAAGUUCCUUGUAAUUUUGUCAUAAAAGAUUAUGAAUGUUGAUUGAGCAGAACCUCCCUCUCACCACUGACACUUCAAUCUGAUAAUACUCGCCCCAAAAUUAAUAUCAAAUAAAAUAUGCAAUAAAUUAUUUGCAUCGUUUCAUUGCUUUUAAUAAAAUUAAUAAUCAUUGAUAUCUUUUGAUAAAAGUUAUCAUUUGAGAAAAUUAUCCUCUAACAUAAGAAAAUAAAUAUUCAAUAAACCAAAAGUGUUUCUAACCAGACAGCAAAAAUCGAAAGUGGCCAAUGAGAAAGAGAGGAUUGAGAGAACGAAUUUUAGAUGGGAAUGAAAAGAAAGAGGAAAUCAGCUUAUUGUGCUCCAAGGCUGGGCUGGUCUGAGGGCAACUUUAGUGCUUCUAAACUCAAAGGGAGAAAAGAUUGCUUUUAGUCCCCAAAUUAAUCAAUCAAUUGUGACGAGCCACGAACUGCGUUUCUCUUACUUGCUGUUUCAUUUUUCGUCUUCUAUUCACGUUUUUAUUGUCCUUUUUCCACUUUCUUUCAUCAUGGAACUCUCAGAGGGAAGAGGUAAACAAAGUAGAAGAAAAUAAUUGCAGGGAAUGUUGCAACUCUGCACCCUAUUUGGAUAAGUUGCUACUGUACAGGAUACAACAAAAAAAAAUCAUCGUUAUGUUCCUCUCUCUAAAAGUUCUGGCAGAGGUAAUCAGUUAUAAUUAAUACCCUUAUCCACUCCUCGCUACGUCACUGAUAUAAACUUCGUGUUUAUUUUUGCUUCAAAAUAAAUAAAAUAUCAUAUCAUUGUUGCACUUUACUAAUAAAGUAAUAUUAUGUGCUUUCCUUAGCUUGCUUAUUAAGUACGGAUGUUAGAAGAAAAUUUUUGAAGAACUUAUAAAAUGGCAGAAUUUAUAAGUGUUAUUGAAAAUAUAGAAUAUGAUUAUCUGUGUUUUAUAUGUGGUUGGAAAAAAAGAAAUACUUUAUAAAAAAAACUUUUAAAGCUAAUCACUGUAUCUACCGAUAGAAUUUCCUAUAAGGAAAUCUAAGCUCAUCUAGAUAGUAUUUAAUGUGAAUUUUCUCGGUAUUUAAAACAUUUAAAAAAAUAAUUUUAGUUUACACCGAAUCUAAAUAUGUGACUCGCUUUGUUAUUUAUACCAAUCUAUGAAAAUAAAAAUUUUUAGAGGCAAAUAAUUUAAAAGCUCCUUUAAAAAGUGGAUUGUUUUUUAAAUUCAAUUUAAGAAAAAUUUCAGGAAAAGCAUUUCUUCGGACUAAUUAAUUAAACUACAUUAAGUUAUAUCUUAUAGUAACUACGUUAAACUGAAGAACAGUUCUGGUGUUUCCUUCUACAAAUUAAACAAAGAGAAACUUAUUUGCCUCAUUAGACGGAAUGGUUGCAUGACAAUUGAUUAAAAAAAUAAUCAGAUACUCUCAGAGAGCCCUUGAUACUGAAUGCCUAUCACGAAAAAAAAAUCAAACUAGGAAUUGUAAGACAUUUCAAACUGUGCUGCAUUUAGUAAUUUUGCAUUUGUAAAACACUUUCUUAAUAGAUAUGUUUUUAAAAGGUGAUUAUUUUUAUUCAUUUUUUUCACAGUUUUACGAUCAAACAUCAUUUAACUUUUGGUCAUCAGCUUUUGGUUCAAAAAUUAAGUAGAAUUUUAAAAUUGCGGUUAAUUUACUAGAAAUUUCUGCGUUACCAGUUUGAAAAUAUUUAUCUACUCUGAGCCCUUCUAAGCGUCUUUCAUGUUAAAAUGAAGAAUCUAGAACCUUUUACACUUAUACACCGACCCUCUUGAAUCAGCCAUUGUGAUUUGGCAAAGUGAUCAGAUUCUGUGAUUCUCUGAGACACUACAGAAUUUUGAUUCUCUGUUCUGACUUAAAAUGGGAUUUAUUGAGUUACAUGUCUCUCUAGUCAUACUUUUCAUUUAUCAUUCAUUUAUUUUUAUUAAAUAGUUGAUAUAAAUAAUUGACUAUUUGUAUGAGGAAAUUGGGAAUUUGGGACACAGUGUUAUUUUAUAUUGUAACCAUAAGACGUAAACCUGAAUAUGAUCCAUAUGGAUGAAUGAGCCUGAAAGAGGAAUAAUAAGAAAAACAGCAUUUUAUUUUAAUUUUAUUUUUUAAAAUAAUUAAUUAUACUAAAAAAUGAUUCACGGGUUCAUUGCCUUGCAAAUUAUUGAAGAGUUUUCAAAUCUUAGAAUAAGAAAGAAACGUUUUAGAUCUUUGAUGUCUGAAAAAGAUUUCGACAGCGCCUUAUUUAAGAAAAAAAGGGGAACUUUUAUCUGCAAAGUUUUGUCAUCGCUUAUAAUAGAAUGCACGAUCGCCUUUUAUUUCAUCAGAUAUUCAAAUGCAUCCGUGGAUUCUACCGUUACGGUCGUAAUAUAUCUCAGAUCAUUAGAAUUCAUUCCAACCCUUCGAUUCUAUUUAAAAGACACCUUUAGUUUUAGUGAAAAUUCAGGUAACCGAUGUAGGGUUUUUAACAAUUUUUUACUAUAUAAGAUCUCUAUACAAGAUUUUUAUCUGAUAUGAAAUUACCGGUUUCUCUGUUUUCAAAUGAGACGCCCUUAACAUUCCAAAAUUCGGCUAGUGUGGUUUCUGAUGCGAAGGUAUCGCUGCACUUUUUCGCACCAUUCGUUUUCUUAAACCACAUGAAUUAUCGAUCCUUAAUGGUCUUUGUACAGAAGUCAAACCUUUUAAUGGAUGACUCGUCGCGUUUUGAGGAGAGUUUAUGAACCUGAAAUAUUUGCCCAUUCGUCGCAAAAAGUUUUUAAAUUAUAAAUGAAAUUGAGAUAAAAUCCCCGAUAGUUAUUACUCUAUCCAACAUAAAACUCGUCCAGGUAUGAAUUUUGAAGAAAAAUUUUUAUUGCCAUGUUUACUAUUAAGAAUCAACUGCAACUAAAGCAAGCAAUGUAUUAAAGUUAGAAAAUAUGUAUUGCUUCACAUAAAUCGAAAACGGUGAAGUGCCAAAAUACAUUAUCGUAUUUUUAUCAUAGACUAUUGAUAUAAAAAUACACGAAUAUUAUGUUGGAGGUUAACAAAAUUUUAAAAUAAUCAUUGACGAGGGGCACGCUCUUCAGACAUUGAAUGUUGAUUUUAAUUGAAGAUUUUAGAUAAUAUUUAUAGAAUUAGAAACAAAUAUAGAAAUAUGGAAUCUAGCUAACUGAAGGUGAUGAGUUUUUUUUAAUUUUAAAUCAAAUACUUUACCAACAAAUAUUAUUGAAAAGAUGAUACAUACAGGUAACCCUCGUAUAACACAAUUGUUAUCGUACCUAAAAGAAACCCAUAUUAUACGAAUUCGUUCCAUGCAAAGUAAAGAAGUAGGGCUCUAAAAAUUAAUACUCUACUUGUUAGUUUCCCUAAAAAAGCCAUUUUAUGCGAGUUCGUUCUUUACGAAAAAAAGAAAUAGUAUAAAAAAAGGAGGAAGAAUCAUGAAAUUCAUAUAUAUUAUUUCUAGAACUAAGCGGAAAAGGCCAAAUUUGCAUUACAUUGACAAAUUUAUAAUAUUGUUAUAAUACGAUAUUCAGAGGUUACCGCUUUUUGUACAGCUAUCAAUCCAGGUACUAAGGGCUUUUCGAUCUCAUGAGUUGUUAUGUUGUUGAGUCCAACUCAUGAGUUGUAUGAGUUUGGACAAGAUGUCGUAUUUAUAGGGAUAUAACAACCAGCAGUAUCGACAACUAUAAUUUUAUGCUCCUUUCUCUCUAUUGUCUGGAUUAUUGCUUCAUAAAAAUGCAAAUUCUUAACUGCGGCAUUUAUGAAUCUCUUUCCACAUCUAGUCAACAAGUGUAACCAUUACUUUUUAUUCAGGUGAAAUGAAAUACUAGUUAAAAGUUAUUUUUUUAUUUUCGUUUGGCAUAUAUUAGGAUCUAUUUAAAAUUUUAAAGAUAAAGAUUUUGAAUUCCAAUUUGAUGCAUCUAUGCUCAAAUGACAAAAUAUUCUUCGCUAUCUCGUAGAUAUUUCUAAAUCGAAAUAAUUUUUCAUGCUAGCAUUUACGAAUUAUUCGGAAAUUUCCUUCAAUUCAAAUGUGACUUUUUGGUUUUUAAAUACGUUCCAUAUUAUUCGAAUUCCGGAAUUACGAAUGGGACUCCUUUCAUUUUUAAUUCCUUAUAGCUGAAUUAAUUGCACAACAACUUUUUAAUUGUAUUUUUAGUUCAUUAGAUAAGUUUUGGUGUAAAAUAACUACAGGAAAGAGGAAAAUAGUUCUUUAAUUAAUUAAAAUAAUAUCAUUUAAUGGAUAAUUCUAGAAUUUUAAUUUAUACCUUCAUCUACCAUUUAUUGCUACAGUUGGAACUACACUUCUGUGCCUUACUGAGUAGGUAAAGCGCUGUAUGAAAGUAUUCACGCAACACUGAAAUAUCGUGCAAGUAUCAAAUUUUUAUAUUACUUGCUAUUUCUAUAUUUCUCCAAUUUUAAGAGAUUCUGGUGAGUUUUAAGAGUUUUAUUUGCUUUCUUUGUUGGUCGAUGAUUUCUCAAUUUUUGAAAUUGGGUUAGCGUGGCAGCAUGCUGCCAGAGGGAUUUUCUCAGUUCUAGAAAUAUGUUAAAGCGAAUUCGCAUACACAAGCAUCUUGUUCCAAAAUUUCAAAUAGAAUUUCUCUUAUUUUUAAAAUCUUAUAUAUUAUUUGCAGUUCGAUGAUUUCUGCAGAUUUGAAAAUGAUUUUAACGGGUUCUUAAAAGUUGUAAUUGAGUUCUAUGUUCUUCGAAAAUAUCUGUACUUUUCUAACCUUGUGAUGUUUUGUUGCAAGAUAUACUCCCAUGGUUAUCAAAUUAUAUUAGAGCGCGAUCAUGUAUAAAAAUUUCCGUGUUAUAUUGGGGUUACUAAUAUUUGAAAGAUACCAAAAAUAAUUAAACAUAAUCUGUAUUCAUAUAGAUGACUAUAACAAUAAUAUCCAUUGCAGAUUGUAUUACAGCAAUAUUGCCUAAAUAGAAUUCAAUUCUUUAAAAUUUCUAUGCUCGGUAUCAUAAACUCCUUCGAGAUUAUUUCUUCAAUACUUUUUGCACAGUUUUACUGCCGAUGAAUUUUUACUUAUAAAGUGACUGAGUUUUACAAAAGCAAUUUGUUCAAAAGAACUGUUAUUUAGCCUUACGGAGCAAUAUGAAGCCUUAUGAAAAUUUAAAUAGCUACAUGUUGAAAUAGCAUUGCUCGUUCAGUUUGGAAAUAUUUUCCUCAUUAGCUCUUUUCAUACAUUAUUAAUUCUCCGUUAAUCGCAGUUCUUGGUUAGAUUUAAGAUUACAGUACGGUUUCGCUACUACACUCGGGGAACGUUCGCCAAUCGUUAAAAUGCUUGUCAAACGGACACCACUUUGGCAAAUUACCUGGGUUUUUCUUAAAUACCCAAAAUUUCACUUGAAAACAAAAAAUAUUUUGCUGCAUACCUAUAGAAUUUGAAAAUAUCUGAAUUUCUGUAUUUGGCGAUUCAAUGAGUUCGGCAUGUUUUAUUUAUGCGACUAUAUUGUUAUUCGUAUUUGUAUUAUUACUGCGACUAACGGAGAUUUAAAUGCAUAAGGCAUCUGAAACUUUAAGAAUUUCUAUUUAUCAGAUUACGGAUUAUUUAAUCAGAUUAUUUAUUUUUAAUUUAUGUGUCCCAGAAAUUAUAUAUCAUCAAAAUUGUCUUAGUCCUCUGUAAAAAGUAAUAUAAAACAAUUUAUGCUAUUCAAUUAGUUAAAUUUGUUUAAGCCAGAGACAGUCACAUUUUUAAAAUGCAAAUGUGCCGUUUUGUUCAAUGAAUGUGUUACAGUCAUAGAACUUUAGAAAUGCAUGAAUAAUUCGAAUUUCUAUAUGUGUAUUAGUUAUUUCAAAAAUUUUUUUCAUCUAUGUAUGACUUAGACGAAAUAUGAGAAAAUGGUUCUUGAGAUUUGAUGGAUUUUUCUCUAGAUGGUGUUUAUUGACUCAUAAAAAUAGCAAGCUGGGACAAAUAUUCACGGAAGACAAAAUUUAUGAAUAAAAAAAAUAUUUUGUAAUUUUUGACAAAGUGAAACAAAAUGACUUUUCAUCAGUCAAGUGCUUGAAAUAAACAUAACACAACUAUCAAAAUUUUUAUGAGAUGAAUUGUCUCAUUUCUAUUGAAGAUAACGUUUCAUUGUGAAACUUGUUAUAUUUUCAUCAUCAUAUUGAAAUUAAAUGCUAGAAAUUGAAAUCCUUAAUCCAAAUAAAAUAUCUAACAUAUUAUGGUAACGGAAUAUUCUUUGAAAUAUUCUCACGAUAUUUGUCCCAUCCUGUAAAAAUAAUAUUUUCCAUUCAUAAGGGAUAAAAGGAAAUGUGUUUGAUAAUAUUUUGUAAACUAGUUUCAAAUGUUAUAUAUACAUAUAUAUAUAUAUAUAUAUAUACACUGAAUGUCUUUCUAUUCUCACUGUCAUCAACAACAUGUUAUAUUAAGAUAUGCUGCUGCAUUUAAAGGAAUACUGUGCUUUCAUGUAUAUUUAAAUAUUUUCUUGAUCAUUUUUUAUGUUUCAGUGUUCUCUGUGUAAAACACUUUUCCUGUGGAAAAAUUCAUGAAAAUGUGAUCCAAGAUUAUUGUAAAGUAUCGAAUGUAAAGAUCGCAUCUAUGUUUUAAAUAUAAUAAAUUA